AGGAGCCCCAGUUUUCCUUGCUGGUGGAGCACGCCAAGGUGCCUGUGCAGGACGUCGUGCGGGCCGUGAUGGCCGGCGAGCCGCCGCCCGACCCGGAGGACGGCAACCUGCCCGUUCUGCAGUGCCGCCGCCUCGCAGCGAAGCUGGUGAAGAAGUACCCGCCGCUGGCCCAGGGCCUCGACAUGGACCUGUUGGGCGGCGGCAUGUGGGACGCGCACAGCUGGGACCCGGGGGUCUACGCCGCGGACUGCUUCGGCGCCGGGGCCUUCGGAAUGGGCGAUUGGGCCCCCGAGCAGCUGACGCCGGCGACGCUGGCUAGCAUGUGGGAGCAGAACUUCGGCGGCUACCCGAUGGGGCAGUGGGACCCCGGCUUCGGCGUGUACCCGGCAGCGCACCCGCCCCCGAGGGGCCGAGGCGCUCCAUCCGUGGCCCCGCAGUCCCAGUGCGCCGAAGGCGAGGUCCUUGGCGCGGGCGGCGUCCAGCUGAUCAAGCCGUCGAAUCUUCGCCACGACGUGGCUGCCCUCGGGCGCGCAGCGGACCUCCUGCGGCUGUGCGACGCGCGCACGCAGGCUGCGAUCAACGCCUUCCUCGCCAAGAUGCCGCCGGAGUGCGCGGACGAGAUCCGGGACCACGCGCGGGACGGGUUCGAGAGCGCCGCCCUGGCGUGGCAGCGGCUGCAGGACGGGGGGGAUGCCGCCCAGCGGGCGGAUGAUGGGUCCGAGCCCCGCGCAGACGCCAUGCGAGCAAUGGCGUCUCCCGCGGCCGGCCUGCUACCCGACGCGGGCGCCGAGGACCUGGCCCACCCCGACGUGGACCAUGCGCGGCUGUGGUGCCUCUCCCACGCGCACGGGCGGGUGUUAGACAACGACGAGUUCGCGGAGGCCGUGCGGGUCCGCCUCGGAGCUGGGGGGCCAACGGAUGCAGGCGCAUGCGGUGCUUGCGGGCAGGUGGUGCUUGAUUCUGGUGGCAGCCACGCUUCCUGCUGCGCUGUGGGCGAUGCCACUCGAGGCCACAACGCCGUGCGUGACCUGCUCUACGACUUCUCCUUGACAGCUGACGACACCACUGAGAAGGAGCCUCAGGGGUUGAUCCCUUCCCGUCCAGCGCUUCGCCCCGCUGAUGUGUUAUCCCCCGCGGUCCUGUCGGGCCGCGCGGCGGCGAUGGGCGUAGGAAUCGCUUCCGUGGAGGCCGCGAGUGGCGGAGACGCUGCCGAGGCGAUGCACCAGCGGAAAACAAGGGAACGAGAGCCUUUCGCGGACGAGCUGGCGUCCCAGAACAUCGUCUACAUGCCAGUGGUAUGGACGAACUUCGGCCGCCCGCACCCAGGCGCGCUCACUGCGAUCCGCGCGAUCGCGAGGCGGGUCGCCAGGCGGCGCGGGCACGCGUCGCAGAAGGUCGUGCUGCGCCAGUUCUUACGGAACCUGGGCGCUGAGAUCGCCAGGCGCGCGGCGCGCAUGAGCCUGGCAUGCUGGCCCGGCAUCCUGAAGUAG